AUGUUCCACACAUUCGAAGGCUUCGAAAAUCCAACAGUCUCAACCCCCGCCCGCGGAGGUCGAGAGCGCCAGCCGUCGAUCGGGCGCCGAGUCACCACGCUUCGGGCUUGUACAUCCUGCCGCCACCGCAAAAUUAAAUGCGAUGGUGAAAAACCUUGCGAAGCUUGUCGGUGGUACAAGAAAGCCGACCUCUGCCAUUACUCCGAUCCCCGGCCCUCUCGAAGGCAUGUAGAGAAACUAUCGACAACGUUGGACGAGUAUCGGACGGUCUUGGAGAAGCUCUUCCCCGGCGCAACACCAGAAGCUCUUGCUAGUUUACCGCGUGAGAAACUUGUUGAACUCACCAGCAAAUCACUGGCCCAGCCGCAGGUGCAAGUUCAAAAUGUAGCACCACCGCGCCAAACAUCCCCAGCAACUUCGACUUCGCAUGACGCACAUGUUUCACCAAUAUCGACUGAAGAUGGAAACCUAGAGUCCCUACAGGCUAUGCCUGAGGAGUCCAACGAUCCGCGGAAUCUGAGCAGCGAGAUCGCGAACACCAUAUCUGACGAUGUCAACGCCUUGUCGCUUUCCACGAGAGGGCCCUCCUCGUACCUCGGCGUUUCGUCCAUUAAUGCGGUGCUCAAAACGAUCGUUUGGCUAGACCCGGGUUCUGCAGCGUACUUUGCUAGCACACCACCAAGCGGUCCGCGUCGAGGAUCAGUGGCAGAACCCUCCUCGUCAGAGAGUCAACCAUGGCAGGUCCACGAUCAACCCAGCACCCCUCCCCAGGUCCAUCUGCAAGUGCCGGAGUCUCAGCUUCUAGAUGCCUACUUCACCUACGUCCAACCCUUGACACCGAUUUUGGACGAGCAGUCCUUCCGCGACACCUACGCUUCAGGGCACCGAAAGGAUGACCGGUGGUAUUGCUUGCUGAAUAUGGUCCUUACGAUGGGUAGUAUUUGUGCAUCAACCUGCGAUGAUGUAUCGCACAAGAUAUAUUACUCUCGCUGCAGGGCAUACCUGGAUCUGGAAUCGCUUGCCUCAUCCCAUUUGGAGACAGUGCAAACUCUUGGUAUUUUAGGAGGCUGGUACUUGCAUUACGUUGCCCAGCCAAACUUAGCAUAUUCUCUCAUGGGUGCCGCUCUUCGCAUGGCUGCCACCAUGGGCCUACACAGAGAAUUUGCCGACCAGCCCGAUCCCAUCAAUAAGCAUAAGAUGGCAUCAUUGGACCUGAAACGAAAGGUAUGGUGGACACUAUUCUUGAUGGAUUGUUGGGGAGGCGUGACUUUGGGGCGACCAACGAUGGGUCGAUUCAGUCCAUCUAUUACAGUCAAACUUCCUCAUCAUCGCGAGUCGGGAAACGUACUGGAUAUUCUUCCACUUCUGGAGAAUGUUAGGUUCUGCAAAAUCAGCAACCAGAUCCAAGACGCCCUAGCUGUUUCCCCCUUGACAAAAUACAGCGAAAUCAUCCACUUUGAUACUCAAUUGGUGGAGUGGUACAACAGCUUACCAUAUAUUCUUAAAGACCAUGAACCGUGCCCUGAAUCAAUUUCGAAUACUCGGGAAGUCAUGAAAUGGCGGUAUCAUGUUCAUCGCAUCCUCCUCUACCGUCCCACUUUAUUGAGCUAUGCGAUGCGGCGGGUUCCGUAUAUUGCUUUAAGGUCUGAAGAGCGGUCGGCGAUUGAGAGGUGUAGAGAGAUCGCCGAAACUGCAAUCAGCGACAUCUCUGCUGCCGCGAAAACUCCGCAGAUGGUUGGUUGGAACGCGGUUUGGUUCCUCUUCCAAAGCACCAUGGUUCCUCUAUUAGGACUAUUCAUCAACGACAGUACCGUAACGGACCCCCGAGCCACCACGGAGGCUUGUCAAGCGCAAGUGCAAGAUGCGUUGCUCGUAUUUGCAAGGCUACAGCAAGCUAGUCCAACCGCAAGGAAAACCCUCGAUGCGGUUUCUAGAAUUUUUGAAGCUAGCAAACGUGGCUCCGGCAUGGUUGCUGAAGUCGGCAGCAAUAAUAGUGCCAACCUUUCCCCCACCUCGCGCGAGGCUAGUCUUAUCAUGGCGCCAGGAGUCCUCCCCUCCCAAGGCGACUUUGGACGAGGUUUUAUGGUAACACAUGAAAGCGGUUUCACCGAUCCGUUCCCUCCCUCAACCAUCGACGACCCUAGUGGCCAAUAUCUAUGGGACUUCCUCAGCUGGAGCGACAGCAACCUAGUUCCGAUGGCUGACAUGGACAGCAUCAAUGAUGGGGGCUUGCUCGGCGCCGACGACAAGCAUUUGAAGUAUUCGAAUACUGGCUUCUUCGGCAAUCAGCUGGCCGAGCCAUCUUUCUUCUCAAACUCAGCCAUUCCUUAUUAUUCAUGA